GGCUUAUCACUAGGGCCAGUUGUUGGGGGCGGAGCUUUCACGGGUGCUGCCCAGCCGUAGGUGCCCGGCAUAGCGGCGUUUAGGCCGAUCUGCCGCUGUGAGGAACGCAGCCGUGGCCAUGAAGGAAGAGAAGGAACAUAGGCCUAAGGAGAAGCGAGUAACCCUGUUAACGCCCCCGGGGGCCACAGGUAGUGGCGGUGGGACUUCGGGGGACAGCGCCAAAGGGGAAGAUAAGCAAGAUCGCAAUAAGGAGAAGAAAGAGGCUCUGAGCAAGGUGGUAAUUCGAAGAUUACCUCCCACUUUGACCAAGGAGCAGCUUCAGGAACAUCUUCAACCUAUGCCUGAACAUGAUUAUUUUGAGUUUUUUUCUAAUGAUACUAGUCUGUAUCCUCAUAUGUAUGCCAGAGCAUACAUCAACUUUAAAAACCAAGAGGACAUUAUUUUGUUCAGGGAUCGCUUUGAUGGUUAUGUAUUCCUUGACAAUAAAGGUCAGGAAUAUCCUGCUAUAGUAGAAUUUGCACCUUUUCAAAAAGCUGCAAAAAAGAAGACUAAGAAAAGAGAUACCAAAGUUGGGACUAUCGAUGAUGAUCCAGAAUAUAGAAAAUUUUUGGAAAGUUAUGCCGCAGAUAAUGAGAAAAUGACAUCUACUCCAGAGACACUGCUAGAGGAAAUAGAAGCAAAAAAUAGAGAAUUAAUAGCUAAAAAGACAACCCCACUUUUGAGCUUCCUGAAAAACAAGCAGAGAAUGAGAGAAGAAAAGAGAGAAGAAAGAAGGAGGCGAGAAAUAGAAAGAAAAAGACAAAGAGAAGAAGAGAGGAGAAAAUGGAAAGAAGAAGAGAAACGAAAAAGGAAAGAUAUAGAAAAGCUAAAGAAGGUAGAGAGAGUUCCAGAAAGGGACAAUAAAUUAAAGGAUGAACCAAAGAUUAAGGUACACAGGUUUCUGUUACAAGCUGUGAAUCAGAAAAAUCUGCUGAAGAAGCCAGAAAAAGGAGAUGAAAAAGAGUUGGACAAAAGAGAAAAACCUAAGAAAUUGGACAAAGAGAAUCUGAAUGAUGAAAGAGCCAGUGGGCAAAGUUGUACAUUGCCCAAGCGAUCUGAUAGUGAACUUAAAGAUGACAAGCCAAAGAGAUCUGAAGAUGACAGUGGCAGAGACUACAGAGAGAGAGAACGGGAUUAUGAACGAGAUCAGGAGCGCAUACUUCGAGAAAGGGAGAGGCUGAAGCGCCAAGAAGAAGAGCGCCGUAGGCAGAAGGAGCGUUAUGAGAAAGAGAAGGCUUUUAAAAGAAAAGAAGAAGAAAUGAAAAAAGAGAAAGAAGCACUUCGGGAUAAAGGAAAGAAGAAUGAAAGUACAGAAUCAUUAGGCAGCUCAGAAAAAACAGAAAAGAAAGAGGAAGUGGUUAAGAGAGAUCGCAUAAGAAACAAGGUGCUGCUUUUUGUUAAACUUGUCUAUUUUCAUGAGGAUUUUUUUUCCUUUUCCUGCAACUGUAAAGGAAAAGGCUAGCUCAUUGUUUAUUGUAGGAUUUUGAAAGGGAAUCUGCAACCUUUUUAUUUUUUUUAGUCUUGCUGGGUUCUUUUAUUAACUUAUUGCAGAAAUUUCAAACAUACACAAAAGUACAGAGAAUAAUAUGACAACCCCCCAUGUACCCAUCACCCAGCUUCAACAAUUAUCAGCUCGUGCCAACCGUGUUUCUGCUCUAUUCCAUCCCUACACCUAUUGGAUUAUUUUCAAGCAAAUCCUAGACAUAAUUUCUUCCUUAAAGA